AUGGAAAUGCUAGAUACGGCUCCCGAUUGCUUGGAUCCAGCUACACGCUCGGCUGCUGAAAGUUGGAUGACAUCUGUCCCAUCCCCAGAGCAGACAAUUCUCUUUGCCCUCAAGCCACCGUACCCAACGCUGUCUAUGAUUAGUUCACAAGAUAUUAUCUUUAACAAUUGCUUUAUCCGAGUUGAAAGUGCUCUCAGAAAGCGCCUGAAUGUUAUUGUGCAGCUUGUCGAGGUCAUCCUGUUCCUUCGCGUGGCGAAUCAUGCCUUUAAAUAUGUAUAUCUGACAGUCUUUGACUUGAUCCGUGAUGUAGAUGGGAAUCCUGAGAAGGAAGGCGCCAUUCAAGAGAUACACGAGUUGCCGUGGCUGGACUGGUGGUGGCUGCUCUCACUUUUUAUGCGACGACUGGAUGAAGGCGACUCGGCCGACUGGGCACAAAGCGGAAGUGUUGCCAAGGAAGAUGAUUCCGUAAGCCAGGUUCCUUUGAAGAGAUUGUGA